AGUCUAUCUAACUCUCUCUCUACUGCAAUUUUUAGGGUUUUAUCCUCCGAAAGUCUCAACCUUUUUCUUAUCCUCAACAAGGUAUCAUCACUCACUCUCUUCUCUUUAGCUACCCACUCCCUCUCUCUUCACUGUCUAUUCGUAUUAUAGAAAUCCUUUACAACGAGAAUUGAAUACAAAGGUUUGAACUUUGGGCGGAUAAAGUAAUCUAGUUCGCUCAAUAGUGGUUGGGUUUUACUCUUAUUUUGGAGAAAUGGCGGCGACUCAACUUACAGCGUCACCAGUGACUAUGUCAGCAAGGAGCUUAGCCUCGCUGGAUGGUCUCAGAGCUUCGAGUGUCAAGUUUUCAUCUUUGAAACCAGGGACCCUUAGACAGAGCCAGUUCCGUCGUUUGGUUGUCAAAGCUGCUUCUGUUGUUGCCCCUAAGUAUACUUCAAUUAAGCCAUUGGGAGAUCGAGUUUUGGUGAAGAUCAAGGAGGCAGAGGAGAAGACUUUAGGUGGUAUCUUACUUCCAUCCACUGCUCAAUCAAAACCUCAAGGAGGUGAAGUCGUUGCCGUGGGUGAAGGAAGAACUAUUGGGAAGAACAAAAUUGAUAUCACUGUCCCUACUGGAGCACAAAUUAUCUACUCCAAAUACGCAGGAACUGAGGUGGAGUUCAAUGAUGUGAAGCAUCUUAUCCUCAAGGAAGAUGAUAUUGUUGGCAUUCUUGAGACAGAGGACAUCAAAGAUCUCAAACCUUUGAAUGACCGAGUCUUUAUUAAGGUUGCUGAGGCGGAGGAGAAAACAGCUGGAGGGUUGUUGUUAACCGAGACUACCAAAGAGAAGCCUUCUAUUGGCACGGUGAUAGCAGUUGGACCGGGUUCCCUAGACGAGGAAGGUAAAAUUACGCCUCUACCAGUAUCAACCGGAAGCACAGUACUUUACUCCAAGUAUGCUGGUAACGACUUCAAGGGCAAAGAUGGUUCCAACUACAUUGCCCUCAGAGCUUCAGAUGUGAUGGCUAUACUUUCUUAGUUAUGUUAUAUCUUUGUAAUCUGCAACUUGUAUCCCAAUUGUGGAAAUUUUUUCCGUAAACGGCCUGAGCAUAAUCUGGAAUAAAGACUUGAGUUUGAAAAUAAAAAAGAAUCUUUGUCUGUGAGAGAACUCUUC